AACGUUCCGGUCAAGCUUGAUUCAGAACGAUUUGGUCAAACUUUGCUUCAGAACGUUCCGGUUACAGCUGAUUCAGAACGGCUCAGUCACACGCGACCGAGGAUGAUUCAGUCACGCUCGACUCUCACUAAUUCAGGGCGACUCACUUGACCUCCUCAUAAAGCUUGCGCUGUAGCCUCUGAGUAGACACAGCCAAAGCGGGAUAAUCACCUACGAUACAGUCACUAUGACCGACGCAGAGGACGUGAACUCCUCAGAAGAGACUAAUCAUUCUCACGGAAAUAUUACUCGUCUGUUAUCACGUGCAAGCAAAGCCGAAGGAGAGCUUGCUCUACUACAUCAACAAUCAAUAAAGGAGCAAGCUGAGAGACAGAGACUGGAACACCUUCUCAAUGGAUUGCAGAGAAAAUAUCGCGCACUUCAGGAAGCAAUGACUAUGGCUGAGUCCCAGUAUGCAGCUCAAAACCGUGCAAUUGAACUACUCGGGCAACGAUUGCGAUUUCGGAUGAAACAACUUAGAGGUGUUAUGUGUGUGUUGACGGAGGAGUCAUGGGUUGAAGAGGAGUUCGAGAUUGCAUCCAGUUAG